UGGAAUUUUGGCCGCGCCGUGUGAGGCCCGCCCCUAAGGGGGGGGACAGAGCGGGAUGAGUCAGCCGUUGAAGCAGACGCAGCGGACAGCUCACACGGCUUGGUGCCCUGCUGAGGCAGGUGCAAACCUGCUGGCUUUGGGCAGUGCUUCAGUGGGUACUUCGGCGUCAGAUGCAACGUUGGAUUUCGUUUCCUUCGAUGCUGGCAGGAGUGGGGCAGACAUGGACGUCAAAGCGUCCAUUCGAAUGGAAGGUGGACGUCGAUUUUCGACGAUUUCCUGGGGACGCUUGGGCUCGGAAACGUCGUUCCCAAUGGGCUGUGUGGCCGGCGGUCUGCAAGACGGAAUUGUGUCUUUGUGGAAUCCCAACGUCAUCCUGAAUUCCAAUGGCUCUGAUCAAGGUGUGAUCAACACGUUACAGGUCCACAAGGGCGCCGUGAACUGCGUCGAGUUCCACCCUCUGAAGAGCACUUUGAUGGCCACAUGCGGUGAUUCGGAGGUGAAAAUUUUGAACAUCGAAAGCCCUUCGUCGCCGAACCUGUUUGAGCCUUCGACGAACAACAAGCACUUGGGAUCUGAGGUUCUGUCUUGCGCGUGGAAUCGUGUUGUGCCGCACAUUUUAUGUUCAUCGAGCAACACAGGAACCACUGUCGUUUGGGAUCUGAAGCAGAAGAAGGAAGUGAUUAGUUUCCAGGAUCCUGCAAGUCGCUUACGCUGCUCAAGCGUGGCUUGGCAUCCCGAGGUGCCUACUCAGCUGGUGGUUUGCUAUGAUGACGAUCGGCAGCCAUCAAUGCAGAUGUGGGAUCUUCGAAACUGCCAGUAUCCUUUCAAGGAAACUGCACCUCACACCAAAGGUGUGCUCAGCGUAGCAUGGAACCAGAUGGAUCCCAAUUUGAUCCUCUCCUGUGGGAAGGACAACAGAGUGAUUUGCACGAGCAUCGCAUCGGGCAGCCCAGAAACUUGGUGCGAGAUGUCCGCUCAACAGCAUAGCUUUGAGGUUGAGUGGGCACCCCACAAAGCUGCCUUAUUUUCAGCCGCGUCAAGUGGCACCGUUGGCAUUUACUCAGUGCAGCAACAGCAGAAUGCGGGAAAGUACUGCCCUCGAUGGUACAGGAAGCGCUGCGGCGUGGGCUUCGGUUUCGGCGGGAAGCUGCUCUCCUUCGGCGCCAAGGCCACAGAUGCUGCUAAGCUGCCGACUGCAUCCUUUUGCCAUUCCCUGGUGGUGCCGAGUGAGCCAGAGAUCGUGCCCACUGCGGAUCUCUUUGAGCAUUGGAUCGCUGAACGCCGGCUGCGCGAGUACUGCCACGACAAGACCCGACGAUGUGGUGGAGUGGCUUCACACGAAGGCUUGAUGUGGGAACUGAUGGGUUCUCAGUUUGAGGAGGAUGGUCGCAGCAAGGUUCCAACUUUGCUGGGUUUUGAUCAGGAUCGCAUCCUACAAGAGGCCGAGCGGCUCCUGGGCGCCAAACCGGGAAAUCUCAUGGGCCAAAGCCCUGAGGAGGAGCAAGCUCCAGCAGCUGCUGUUCCUUCGUUGGGACCGGAACUAGAUCUCACCCAGGCGGAGAGCUUCUUCGAGGAACUCUCCGCGUCUACCGAACAGAAGAAACGGGAAGAGAUGGAGCGCGAGGAACAGAAGAAAAAAAACAAAACAGAAGAGGUCAGCAAAGUCACCGACUGGUCCAGUGGCCCUGAAGCGUUGAUCAAACAGAGCCUCUUGGUUGGAAACCUGACAGCUGCUGUGGAGCUUUGCUUCAAGAGCGGGAAGAUGGCAGAGGCGCUGCUGUUGGCCUCGGGCGGUGGCACCACGCUGUGGACACGCGCACGCGACGAAUACCUGCGGCUCCAGGGGGACUCUUUCCUCACAACUGUGGGCAACAUCAUGACCAACGAUUUCAGCAAGCUGGUCGCCAACAGCAACUUGGCGCAUUGGAUGGAGACCUUGGCCAUCGUUGCGACCUACUCCAACCGAGAGUACCAAGCGCUGUGUGAACAGCUGGCGGAGCGCUUGGAGAAGGAGAAGUUCGACAUCCGCUCCGCCGUGAUCUGCUACAUUUGCGCGAAGAACUUCCCAAAAACGGUGAGUAUCUGGGCCAACACCCAUGUGGCUUCACAGGGAUCUCAGAAGUUGGCUUUGCAGGAUUUGGUGGAGAAGAUGGCCGUCCUACAAGACGCUACCAAGUUCAAUCAGGCAGAUCCACUUUUUUCGCAAAAGUUGACCAAGUACGCAGAGAUCUUGGCCAAUUCUGGCCGCCUCACUGCUGCAAUGCGAUACCUGUGCUUGCUCGCAGAUGACAACUCCUCGGCCAUUCUGCGGGACCGAAUCUUCAAUUCUGCACCUAGCCAGAUGGGCCAAAUGCUGAGAUCUGCCCCUCGAUUUCCAUUCCAGACCACAGAAGUGCGAGUGGUUCAAAGUGCACCAUCAGCCCGGAGUAGCAUGGGCUACCCUGGACAAAGUGCCGGAGGUGUGGGUGUGAACCCUGGUGCUGGAAUGGGUAUGGGCACAAAUUCCAUGAUGAGUGGUGGAAUGGGUGGAGGAAUGGGUGGCAACAUGGGUGGCAACAUGGGUGGCAACAUGGGUGGCAACAUGGGUGGCAACAUGGGCGGCAACAUGGGCGGCAACAUGGGUGGCAACAUGGGUGGCAACAUGGGUGGCAACAUGGGCAUGGUUGGAGGAGGCGGAAUGCCCAACAUGGGUGCUGGGAUGGGUGCUGGCAUGGGUGGAAUGGGUGGCAUGCCGGGAAGCAUGCCUGGCAGCACACCCGGGAUGGGAAUGGGUAUGGGCAUGGGUGACGUCGGUGGCGUUGGUGGUGUGGGUGGGAUGCCUAACAUGGGCGGGAACAUCGGCGGCAACAUGGGCAGCAUGGGCAACAUGGCCAUGGGCGGUAUGGGGAUGGGCGGGGGUAUGGCCGGGGGUAUGGGGGGUAUGGGAGGAGGCAUGGCGAAUUCCGGCAAUCCUGCGCCCGUCAAGUCCUCAGAAAAGAUGCCCCGGCAAUCGCGGACAUGUCGGAAAGUUUCUUUCAUCACGCACCUGCUCCACCAGGACUAG